UCAGUGACAGCAGCACAUCAGGAAUUAAUCGGAUAUCCUCUGAUGCAUCCACUCAUAUGAUCCAAUAAUAUUCCUAUGUCUGCCUCGGCUCUCAGCAGACAUCUUCCGGGUCGUCAAAGAGUUCGCCUGUGCUGCACAGAGCCAGGACUAUUUGCAAAGGCGGUGCUGCCUGUCCUGUUGAGCUCCUCCUGGUGUGUGAGUGUCGGGUGUGUGUGUGUGCACCAUGGCGAGCCUCCUUCGUGUUGUGGCGGCAAGCUGCUCGGCCCCUGUGUUCAGCGGCGUUUCAUAUGCAAAGCUGCAGAGCAGCAGUUCUAUCAAAUCUACAUGCCUUCGCUUUUUCAGGACCAAUCAAGCUCUCGGACGAUGUGCCAGUCCAGGUAUCCCUUACAAACAACUCACAGUCGGCGUACCCAAAGAAAUCUUCCAGAAUGAGCGUCGCGUGGCGCUUUCUCCCGCUGGCGUCCAGGCACUCAUCAAGCAGGGCUUUAACGUUGUCGUGGAGUCUGGAGCUGGAGAGCCUUCCAAGUUCCCUGAUGAACAAUACACCCAGGCUGGAGCAACAAUUAAAGACACGAAAGAUGUCUUGGCGUCAGAUGUGCUGGUUAAGGUCCGUGCUCCCGUUUUCAACCCUGACCUGGGUGUCCAUGAGGUGGAGAUGAUGAAGGAUGCGGCCACCAUACUCAGCUUCAUCUACCCGGCUCAGAACCCCGAGCUGAUGGACAUGCUGUCCCAGAAGAAGGCCACCGUCCUGGCCAUGGACCAGGUGCCCCGAGUCACCAUCGCACAGGGUUACGAUGCACUGAGCUCCAUGGCAAACAUUGCAGGAUACAAGGCUGUUGUUCUGGCAGCAAACAACUUUGGACGCUUUUUCACUGGACAAAUUACAGCAGCUGGCAAAGUGCCACCUGCAAAGGUUCUGAUCAUUGGAGGUGGUGUGGCCGGUUUGGCAGCAGCUGGUUCUGCCAGGGCCAUGGGAGCCAUUGUCAGAGGAUUUGACACCAGAGCUGAAGCUUUGGAGCAGUUUAAAUCUCUGGGCGCAGAGCCGCUGGAAGUGGACUUCAAGGAGUCAGGAGAGGGUCAGGGAGGCUACGCCAAGGAAAUGUCAAAGGAGUUCAUUGAGGCAGAGAUGAAGCUGUUUGCCAAGCAGUGUCAGGAGGUGGACAUUGUCAUCACCACUGCUCUCAUCCCUGGCAAGCGUGCACCCAUCCUGAUCACAAAACCAAUGAUAGAGAGCAUGAAGGAUGGCUCAGUGGUGGUGGACUUGGCUGCUGAGGCUGGAGGAAACAUUGAGACCACAACACCUGGAGAGCUUACAGUACACAACGGAGUGACCCAUAUUGGCUACACAGACCUGCCCAGCCGCUUGCCGACUCAAUCCAGCACUCUGUAUUCCAAUAACAUCACUAAACUGAUGCGGGCCAUCAGCGCCGACAAGGACAACUUUUACCUCGAUGUCAAGGAAGAGUUUGACUACGGGACCAUGGACCAUGUGGUCAGGGGAUCCGUUGUCAUGCAGGAUGGAAGGAACCUGUUCCCCGCUCCCCAGCCAAACAACGUGCCCGUUGCAGCUCCACCUAAGCCCAAGUCUGUCAAGGACCUGGAGAAAGAGAAGGCUGCUCAAGUCUCCCCCUUCAGGGCAACGCUGACGACUGCUGGCGCGUACACUGGAGGUGCUGCCACCGUGCUGGGUCUGGGUCUGGCAGCUCCCAACGCCGCCUUCACUCAGAUCGUCACCACCUUCGGUCUGGCUGGCAUCGUGGGAUACCACACGGUGUGGGGAGUCACUCCUGCUCUGCACUCUCCCCUCAUGUCUGUCACCAACGCUAUCUCAGGUCUGACGGCUGUGGGUGGUCUGUCCCUGAUGGGAGGCGCCUACACCCCAACAACUACUGCUGAGACACUGGCUGUGCUGGCCGCCUUCAUCUCCUCGGUCAACAUUGCUGGUGGUUUCCUGGUGACGAAGAAAAUGUUGGACAUGUUCAAGCGUCCAACUGAUCCUCCAGAGCACAACUACCUUUAUCUGCUUCCUGGUGGUGUCUUUGUCGGUGGCUACGCUGCCGCUCUGCAGUCUGGAUACAACAUUGAACAGAUGAUGUACUUGGGCUCAGGUCUGUGCUGUGUUGGUGCCCUGGCUGGCCUUUCUAACCAGUCCACAGCCCGUCUGGGUAAUGCUUUGGGUAUGAUGGGAGUCGCGGGGGGCAUCGUUGCAACUCUGGGUGCCCUCAAACCGAGUCCUGAGCUCCUGGCACAGAUGAGUGCAGCCAUGGCUGUAGGUGGCACUACUGGCCUGGCCAUUGCUAAGAGGAUCCAGAUCACCGACCUGCCCCAGCUGGUGGCUGCCUUCCACAGCUUAGUGGGGCUCGCCGCCGUGCUCACCUGUGUGGCCGAAUACAUGAUCGAGUACCCCCACUUCGCCACAGACCCGGCAGCUAACCUCACCAAGAUAGUCGCGUACCUCGGCACCUACAUCGGAGGAAUCACUUUCAGUGGCUCUUUGGUGGCGUACGGCAAACUGCAAGGUAUUCUGAACAGUUCUCCCCUGAUGCUCCCUGGUCGCCACGCUCUGAACGGCACUCUUAUGGCAGCCAGCAUUGGCGGGAUGAUUCCCUACAUGUUGGAUCCCAGUUACACCACUGGCCUCACCUGCCUGGGAUCUGUCUCCGCUCUCUCUGCUGUCAUGGGUGUCACCUUGACAGCAGCUAUUGGAGGUGCUGACAUGCCGGUGGUGAUCACCGUACUGAACAGUUACUCAGGCUGGGCCCUGUGUGCUGAGGGCUUCCUGCUCAACAACAACCUGCUGACCAUUGUCGGAGCUCUCAUUGGCUCUUCCGGAGCCAUCCUGUCAUAUAUUAUGUGUGUGGCCAUGAAUCGUUCACUGGCUAACGUGAUCCUUGGAGGCUACGGCACAUCUUCCACCGGUACAGGAAAGCCCAUGGAGAUCACAGGGACACACACAGAGGUCAAUGUGGAUCAGACUGUCGACAUGAUUAAAGACGCCCAGAGCAUAAUCAUCACUCCAGGUUACGGACUCUGUGCUGCAAAGGCCCAGUACCCAAUCGCUGAGUUGGUGAAGAUGCUUAGUGAGGCUGGCAAGAGUGUCAGGUUCGGUAUUCACCCUGUGGCCGGCCGUAUGCCUGGUCAGCUCAAUGUGCUGCUGGCUGAAGCUGGUGUCCCGUAUGAUAUUGUCCUGGAGAUGGAGGAGAUUAAUGAAGACUUCCCUGAAACCGACCUGGUCCUGGUGAUCGGUGCCAAUGACACGGUGAACUCAGCCUCCCAAGAAGAUCCCAACUCUAUCAUUGCUGGCAUGCCCGUGCUGGAGGUCUGGAAGUCUAAGCAGGUGGUUGUGAUGAAACGUUCGCUGGGCGUGGGAUACGCAGCUGUCGACAACCCCAUCUUCUACAAGCCCAACACUGCGAUGUUGCUAGGCGAUGCCAAGAAGACUUGUGAUGCCCUGCAAGCCAAGGUCCGCGAGACCCAGAGCCAGUAAGGCCGUCACCUCCGCUGAGAGCACACAGGGAGCGAGGAAGACAAUGAGUCAAAGAUUUUCCAAAAAUAUCUCCACAUGAUGAUGAUCUUUGUCCAAUUGUGACGCCAAUUGAGCAAAGAUGACUUAAAGUUUUUGUCUCACCCUUCCUGUCAUCUUUAAAUAAAAUAAAUUACAAGGUUGUAAAAAAAAAAAAAUAAGCUAAUGCAGUAGAAACCAAGCAAUGCAGAUAUCUUAUUUUUUCCAUGACUGUUAGAUACUGAUUUACAGACAUCUUUUAUCUCUAGAUGUUAUAGGAAGGGUAUGUCAAUCACUUGCAUGUGGUUUGUUAAAAUCUGGGGAGCAACAGCGUCACCUUCACUAUAGACACCUGUAAAAUAACAAUGAAAUGUAGAAAUGUAGAUGCAUUAAGAUGUUAGAUAAGUUAAAUUUCACUGUUAAGAUUAUUUUAGGAUAUAGUCAAUAGUUGAAGGAAAAUUUUAGAUGAAUUGGAAUUUAAAAGGAACAAAAGCAGAGAUAUGAAGGUGUAACCCAAGAGAGAGAGGUAAGAGAGACUUGCUGUAAGCACUAAUUUUUCCCACACUGUUAAGAGAUUCCUCCUGCUCUUUCUCUAGUUUCUUUUCUUAUUGUAAGGUAAUAUGGUGUUCCCUUUGAUGGAUCUGUUUGCUCAAAUGCUAAUGUCGCACCUUCUUUUUCUGUACAAGUAAAAAGAAAAAAAGCAGAGUAGUGCAACAUUUUUGUAAAGUUCUUUCAGUUCCAGUUUUAUACGGUAUUGAGAGAUUUUUGUAUUUGGUCCAAUUAUCAUCAUAAACCUAGAAAAUCACAUUUUAGAAGCCAUAGGCACUUCUAGAAAUCUAGUCAUGCUUUUUGCUUUUUUUUCUCUUUACUUGAUGUGUGUCUUGUGACCUCCACCUUCGCCUCAAGUGUAAGAAUCACACAUGGAUCCAAAAAACAUCAACAGUCCAUUCAGACCUCGUCUAUCAAGCGUUUAAUGCAAUAAACCGAAUGGCUCUGAGACCGCAGCUGUCGUGUGAUGCUAGUAAAGACUGUACGACAAACAAACACUCUUGUAGCUCUGAUAGCUGAAUGGAUUUUAUGAUGUUUUUCAACCAGGUGCAUCCCAUCAUCCUGUGUGGUUCUGAUGUUACAGUACAUGUGAUGCUAGCCUUUGGCCUUUACGGUAAAGAAGGGUGUGUUUUUUUCUAGUGAGGCUCCAUCCACUCCAAUAUGUGUGUCCUCAUUAUUUUUUUUAGAGGGAAAUGAAGGAUCACUGUCUGUAAACUAGGGCCAGAUGUUAACCUGACUGUUGUGUAAAGAGUUUUUAGCAACAAGUGCAUUCAAUUUGUCGCCACAUUUCAGAAUACAUGAAUUGUACAACAUCAUUUUUAAGCAUUUCUAAAAUGACAUUUUUCGUCUUUUGCCAUAUUGUGCCAAACCGUUCCCUUUUUAUAAUCAAUCUGGAUAGAUUCUACGGCACAAAUGUAGAUGGUUGCUGUAAAACCACUUGAGUAACUCUUGAAAGAAAAAUGACAGUAGCUCCCACUCUACACUUAACUAACUAAUGACUAAAACACCAGAAACUUACCAUAGUCCAUCAAUUUAAGGUUAAAUUGCUGCCUUCCUUUUUAUUAUUCCACUUUACAAGAUUUGCUGGUCAUGGUACAGUAGAUGAAUUAUUGUGACGGUUUGAGGAACAAUAGGUCAUGAGGUGACAGCUCAGCAGUCUUUAUUACUUUUAAAAUGUAAAAAAAAGUACUGUAAGAAGUUAGUUGUUAUAGUUUUAUCCCGGGACCUUAUACAUCGACCAUGACAACUAUCCUACCUCUCCAUAAAAAAGACCAAGAACUUCCCCCCUCAACUGACCAAUCACGUUCGACUGAAUCAAGCACAGGAUGUCUAACGGACCACUCAUUGUUCCAUCCACACACCUGAAUUCAACCAGUCAGCGCUUGUGUAAUUUUAAACCUGACCAAUUUCCUUCUGUUUUGUGUUCACGUUGUGUUUUUAACCAUCAGACCUCAGUUUGCUGCUGGCUAGUUUACUCUGUUAUCCAGUAAGUGUAGAUAGAGCUGCAGAUGUCAUUAGUGCUCAUGAGGGCUUAUUGUUCUUCCAUGUCAACUUACACAAACGCAGUCUUUAAAGACGAUUAGAAUGGGAUGUUUGCUUAAUAUUUGUAGCUUGUUGCCAUUUUUGAGGUGAUGAUCAAAUUAAGGGAGAUGGAGAAAAUUAAUACUUUUGCCAAUGUGCCCCCUUAUGCCCUUAUCCUUUUUGGUCUUCUUCAAGAAAGUAUUUUUGUAAAGAGGCACCGUAUUCGUGCAGAGCAACAAUGGGGUUUUGAAGUUGUACAAUGUUUCAGUGCACCACGUUAAAAAGGUGAAAUGAUGAAAUGUACUGUGAAUGUUUCCCCCCCUUUGUUUAUCAUGGAACAUUUUCAUCCCUAAUAAAACUGUAUUUACACUA